GUGAGUGCAGUGGAGCGACAACAUGCUGGGCUCUGUGAUUCUGCUCUGGAUAUGCAUUUCUCUCCUAUUCUUUCUCAUCAGAACCCGCCGCCCCAAAAACUUCCCACCUGGACCACAACCCCUCCCGAUAUUUGGCAACCUGCUACAGCUUAAUCUAGAAAAUCCCAUGCCGGAUCUUGAAAGAUUAUCAAAGAGAUAUGGAAGAGUUUUCAGUCUUUAUUUUGGAGGCAGACCAGCUGUGAUACUGAAUGGAGCAGGAGCAAUGAAGGAGGCGCUGGUCAACAAGGGGUUGGACUUUGGUGGAAGACCACAAGGCCUCUUACUCAGCCACCUCACACGUGGAAAAGGUGUCAUCAUGGCUGACUAUGGUCCUAGUUGGCGGGAGCAUCGCCGCUUUGCACUGAUGACCUUAAAGAAUUUUGGUUUGGGAAAGCGAUCAAUGGAGGAAAGGAUUCUAGAGGAGAUAUCUCAUGUUUGUACUCACCUAGAGGUCAAUGCAGGUAAAUCUAUUGACCCUCAAACUCUGUUCCACAAUGCUUCUUGUGACAUCAUCUGCUCAAUCUUGUUUGGCUCUCGAUACGAGUAUGAACAUGAGUUUUUCCAGACUAUGAUAAAAAUGAUGUCCGAAAACUCGAAGAUUGCUAAUGGACCAUGGGGCAUGGUGUAUGACACAAUGCCACUGUUGAGGAAUCUUCCUUUACCCUACCAGAAAGCUCUGAGGGAUUACAAUACAGUUAACAUGUAUGUUUCAGGCAUUGUAAAUGAGCACAGGGCAACUAGAGUGCCAGGAGAACCACGUGAUGUGAUUGACUGCUAUCUGGAUGAAAUGGAGAAGAGAGGUGAAAGUUGUGUCAUCUUUGAUGAAAGCCAGAUGGUGGUGUUGUUGCUUGAUAUUCUCUUUGCUGGAACCGAUACCACAUCUAACACCCUCCGAUACACUGUGCUGUGCCUUAUGACUUAUCCAGAAAUUCAAGAAAAAUGUCACCUUGAAAUGAAUGGUGUUUUAAAGGAUAAGGCGCAAGUCUCUUUUGAAGACAGACACAAAAUGCCGUACACACAGGCUGUAAUACACGAGUGUCAGCGCAUGGCCAGUACUCUUCCUUUGAGUGUUUUUCACUGUACUACCAGAGACACUAAGCUCAUGGGAUAUCAGAUUCCUAAGGGAACGCUCAUCAUUCCUGACCUCUCCUCUGUGCUCUAUGAGAAGGACAAGUGGAAGUUUCCUCAUGAGUUUCACCCAGUCAACUUCCUGAACGAUCAGGGCCAGUUUGAGAAACCUGAAGCUUUUAUGCCCUUCUCUGUCGGUCCUCGCACUUGUCUCGGGGAGGGUCUGGCUAGGAUGGAACUGUUCCUAAUUUUGGUCUCUCUGCUGCGUCGGUUUCAGUUUAUUUGGCCUGAAGACGCAGGUGAACCAGACUUCACCCCUGUGUUUGGAGUGACACAGGCACCCAGACCAUACAGGAUGAUUGUGAAUCUUAGAUAGACUAGGAAUAAAUAAUAAUAAUAAAAAAAAUCUGUUUUGGCCAACAUUAACAUUUAGUGAAAUCAAAGUCAGAGAGAGAUUUAUUGCCAAAUGUGAUCACACAAAUGUUUAUUUGGUCAUUUUAUUAAUUUUCAUUCAUUUGGUAUUUCAGUUAAUGACAUCCAAAUACAACAGCAAGACAUAGUAUGGAAAAAGAUAAAGGGACAGUUGUAUCGAAUAAAUAUAGUAGGCCUACAUAUUUAGAUAUAUAGGCUAAGAUUUACACAGACAUUAUGGGCCAGAAAAUGUGUUUUAUUGUGUGUUUUAAUUGUGUGAUGACGUGUGUUUUGUUGAAAUAAUAUAUAGAUCAUGUCAUACGUGCCUAAACAUCUUCAAGCAUGAAAACUAUUGUUUUUGCAUGAAUGAUUAUUUUGUUGUAUAUUUAAGAAUACUUAAAUUAUCUAUACAAUGUUUUGUGUGUGUUUCAUGGAAGAACUGAGGUGUUACAUAAGAGUGUUUAAAUAUUGACAGCAUUUUUUUAGGUGAACUGUUCCUUUAUGAUUAAUGUGAAUAGUUAAUGUAGUUUUUAAUACACAUUUCAUUUCAUUCCUGAUUCUCCCUUUCCUCUUUUAAUUCUAGAUAUGUAUUUCUUUACGCAAAAACACUACAGUAAAACAUGUUAAAUAUCUUCCAA